UUUUAUCAAUGGAAUUUGUAAAGGAUAAAGUAGCAGAAGUUAAGAAGAGUUUAGACAAAAUUCAUGAGAAAGAUCCGAUGCUAGUGUACACCUUUGCUUUAAUUGGAGCUGGCUAUGUUGGAUUUAAACUCUUGAAAGAUAUCAGAGGCAUGCUCAGAUAUACAGUCAGACCGUCUUAUGACCUCAAGAAAAGAUAUGGCUCCAACUGGUGUGUCGUCACAGGAGCUACUGAUGGAAUCGGUAAAGGAUUCGCAUUUGAACUUUCCAGAAGAGGCAUGAAAGUUGUUUUGGUAGCUAGGAACGAUGAGAAGCUCCAAGCUGUAGCGAAAGAGAUUAAUGAGACUUAUGAAGGAGCAGAGACAAAGACUAUUGUGUUUGAUUUUAAUCAAAAUUACACAAGCGAAGUUAUCAAAGAACUCACAGAAAAAUUUGAUGAAAUAGAGAAGUGCUCGAUUCUUGUUAACAAUGUUGGAGUUCUCUUUGCAGGCAUGCAUGGAGAUAUGGAAGAUGAUGGGGUAAUGACUACUCUCAACAUCAAUAUCACUGCUAACACUUUGAUGGCAAAGAUCUUUAUCCCGAAAUUAUUGGCUAAUGAGACUAGAGCUGGAAUGGUAAAUGUUGGAGGAUAUCUUUCCUACUUUCCUUGUCCAUUCCUAACAGUCUACAGUGCAAGCAAAGCCUACAUGACUCAGUUUUCAACAUCACUCAGCGAAGAAUACAAGCAUAAAAUUGAUAUUCUUGUCACCAACAGCGGCUCUAUCAAGACUAAUAUGAAUGAUGGAAGGUUCUUGUUUACUAUUACUCCUGCACAACAUGCAAACGCUGUAUUAAAUAAGCUUGGGCAUGACACAUGGACUUGUGGACAUGCAAUCCACGCAGUGCACCAAUAUUUACUUGAGAAACCGAUAGAAGGAGCUAUUAUCAAGUACAUCAACAACAAGAGAUUUGAAUCUUACUUCACAGCUCAACAAGAGCAAGCUGAUGCCAAUUAAGCUUCAACUUGAAGUGACUCAGCUAUUGCUUAUUAGUUGUG